AUGAAUCGUUUUGGUGAUAUUGAUGUUUCAUUUAAAAAACUUCCACCUGUUUAUGGUUAUCGCAGUGAAACGCUUGUUCCCAUUGAAACAGCACUAGAACCUAUCGAGUCUCAAAUUAAUGAAUUACCUUAUUACAUAAAGAUAGCCAAAAGAUACUGUCGUUUUCCAUCAGAACAUGGACUAACACAUGAUCAAUCAGCUGCUAUUUAUAUCUAUACAAUGGAAUGGGGUGAUACUAAUUUGUAUCGUGUAUUAAAUAAAGCACUACGAUCUGAAAAUCGACAAGCACUAAAGAUAUGGUUUCCAUAUUUAAAAUUAUUUGAUACAGCAUUGGAUAAGUUACCUACUGUUAAAGAGGUGGUUUGGAGAGGUGUACCUCUUGAUAUUGGAAAGAACUUCACUAAAAAUCAAAUUAUAACGUGGUGGAGUAUUAAUUCAUGUUCGUCAUCCGUCAAUGUUAUUAAAAAUUUUCUUAGUAAUGACAAAAAUUCAACACUUUUUCUGAUUGAAGCUGUUAAUGGAAAAAAAAUUUCUGGAUAUACAGAAUAUGAAAAUGAAGAUGAAAUUAUCUUACGAAUGGGUUCACAAUUUCGUGUGAAGAGCAAUCCUUUAGAUUAUUUGCAUGGCUCACAUGUCGUACAUUUAAUUGAAAUUGAUGACAACAAUGAUCAAACAUUAGCAUCGACUAUCAAUGAAAUGCAUACGACUGCAAAACCAUCAUAUAUAAAUACAUUGAUGAUUCCGAAUAUUCCAGUUGACACUCGAUGGGUGCAGAAUGGGGUGACUAUUGCUGGAGGCCUUGGAGCAGGCGAAGCCACCAAUCAACUCCGGGACCCACAUGGUCUCUUCAUUGAUGAUAACCAAACGAUAGUUAUUGCUGAUUCCUGGAAUCAUCGUGUCGUCCAAUGGAAGAUAGGCGAUGCCAAUGGACAAGUAGUAGCUGGUGGCCAUGGCCAAGGAAAUCGACUAGAUCAAUUGAAUUGUCCAACUGAUGUGUUGAUCGACAGAAAUACUAAUAGUCUCAUUAUUUGUGAUUGGGGGAAUAGACGAGUCGUACGAUGGUCUCAUCAUAGUGGUACCACCCAAGGAGAAAUUCUCCUUGACAAUAUUAUGUGCGCAGCAUUGACUAUGGAUGAUCAGAAAUAUCUCUAUAUCUCUGAUACUGAUAAACAUGAAGUACGACGAUAUCAAAUAGGAGACAAGAAUGGAACUGUCGUGGCUGGUGGUCAUGGCCAGGGUGCUGCUCUCAAUCAAACCAAUUUUCCUACUUACCUAUUUGUUGAUCAACAACAGGCUGUCUACGUGUCAGACAACAACAAUCAUCGUGUGAUGAAAUGGAAUAAAGGUGCAGAAGAAGGGAUUGUCCUCGCUGGAGGUCAAGGUGACGGUAACGCUCUGAGACAACUAUGUAGCCCUCAUGGACUGUUCGUCGAUACAUUGGGAACUAUUUAUGUGGCAGAUACAGGAAACCAUCGAGUGAUACGCUGGUCUAAAGGAGCGACAGAGGGUCAGAUUAUUGUGGGUGGAAAUGGUUAUGGAUCAGGAGCAAAUCAGUUGGCUAAUCCGAAGGGCUUUUUCUGCGAUCGACAUGGUAAUCUCUAUGUCGUUGAUUGUGGAAAUAAUCGUGUCCAACGAUUUUCUAUUAAAUAA